CAACGCCUUCAACUGGAUGUGGUAACUUCUGUGAACUACGUUACUUCCCGUGUUUCGCUGUCGCUUGAGUCGUGUUGCUUGGAGCCGUAAUUGCGCGUCAGGCUGUAUCUAUACACAAACUAUUAGUAGAAUGUCGUGCUCAGGGUUUAGUUAAACGGAAGUAUUAAUGUAUGUGAGGAGACCGGUGUGUUCGCCUGCUGACACGGUGACAUUUAGUUUAGUUUUGCCCAUAGAUCAUUUUUACAAUGAAGAAACGCCAUGUUGCAUGCACAAACAUCUGCGCCGAAUGUGGAUAUUCUUGCAUAACGAAUUUCUGGGUAAAUACGUUACGUCAUGGCACUCGAGAGAUAACCUAAAUAAAACACCCAAAUAAAAUUUAUAGUUUCAAGUAUGUCUUGUUAUAGGUAAUACCAGUACAGUGGAUUGUACGUCAUGUAACAUUAGGAAUAUGGUAAAGUUAAUAACAUUCGGAAAGAAUUACUUGCGUAUGUUUUGUUAUAACAAUUUCAGCAAACACGCCAAGUUUCUUUCACACAAAUCGGGCGUGGCUGCUGAAAAAAUGAACACCGAUGUAAACGAGAUGAAAACUCUUUCGAGGAAGAUGUUUGAGAAAGCUGUAGAGUCAGUUCAGCCUCAUAACAUCAUAAGAGAGAAUGUGAAACUGAGCGAUACUAAGUUGUUUGUUCAAAACGAAACAUACAUUGUAAACGAGAACUGUUAUAUAGUAGGUUUUGGGAAAGCUGUGUUGGGCAUGGCUGUAGAAAUUGAAAACAUUUUAGGGAAACAUUUAGUUACUGGGAUUGUAAGUGUACCACUUGGAAUUUUGGACACAUUCAAGAACAUGCCACACAUGCUUCCAAUGGAAAACACGAAACUACAAGUAGUGGAAGGAGCAGAAAAUAAUUUACCGGAUGAGAAUGCAUUAGCAGCCUCCAGAAAAAUAGAAGCACUAUUGAGAAGCCUAAAUGAAAGUUCUUUAGUUAUUGUUCUGAUCUCAGGAGGUGGUUCAGCACUUCUACCAGCUCCAGUUCCACCACUAACUUUAGGUGAAAAGAUAGAAACCAUAAAACUCUUGAGCUCUGCUGGUGCAAAUAUUAUGGAACUAAACUGUAUCAGAAAAACGCUUUCUUACUUGAAGGGUGGAGGCCUUGCUAAAUUGGCUUACCCAGCACAGAUUAUUUCACUUAUUUUGUCAGAUGUUGUUGAGGACAAUUUAGGCUACAUUGCAAGUGGUCCAACAGUACCAAAUACAGAUGGAAUCAAUGAUGCUUUGAAUAUAAUAAAGAAAUAUGACUUGCUUGACAGGAUUCCGUUGUCAGUCUCUACAGUACUGAGUAAUACAGCAUCUCAUGCACUUGACUGUUUCCCACACACACAAAACUUAAUAAUUGGAAACAACUCUAUAGCUCUGUAUAGUGCAGCCACAGAAGCAAGUGUUAAUGGCUACCAUCCAGUUGUUUUGACCAGAAGUAUUUUUCACAGUGUGCAAGAAGUCUGCAGAGCUUACAUAUUACUAAUUACAAAUAUAUGCAAAUUUUUGAGUGGGCAGAUAUCAGAGAAAAAAUUCUUAAACACAUUUGCUACAGUUACCUACAACAUACCUCUGGAGACAGAUUUGCAAGAAAAACUGCUCCAAGGGCUAUACAAUUUUAGUGAGACUAACGGACUGUGUUUGUUGGCUGGUGGGGAGACAACAGUCCAGGUGAAAGGAAAAGGGAAAGGUGGCCGUAAUCAAGAAUUAGCACUCCUUUUCUCACUGAGUUUACAGGAUGCCCUUAAGGACGAACCUGAUCUAAAUAAAUAUAAUAUUUUGCUUCUAAGUGCUGGUACAGAUGGUAUAGAUGGUCCAACUGAAGCAGCAGGUGCAAUUGGAUACAACCAGCAAGUUGAAAUUGCUGAAAAAUGCAAUUUGAACAUUACAGAAUAUCUCAGAAAUAACGAUUCUCACAAUUUUUACCUAAAGUUGGGCAUUUCUGAUGACUUAAUAAUUACAGGACAUACAGGAACAAAUGUAAUGGAUGUGCAUAUUAUAAUCAUAAAGGCUGCAAAAGUAUGUAAAUGUUGUAAAAUGUCAGAAAAGCUUUGAAUAUGUAAAUCGUAAACACAGUAAAUAUUCAUUGUCACCAAAAAUUAAGCUCUGUCUUACACUUUUAUUAUUGGUUUACUUUUUUAAUAAAUGUGAUGAGCUGUGUACCUAGUUGUCAUUAAAAUCAUUCAUUUGUGCAGCCAUCUGUAUUGCACACAAAUUA